AUGUCUGCGCCUCUCGACCGCGAGAGGCUCAAAGUCAUGAAACGUGCCGACCUCCAGAAGAUGUGCAUGCAAUAUGGCUUCAGGGGGAACUUGAAGACGGAUGAUAUGAUCGACCUCCUCUCCGGCUCUAAAGCAGCUCCACCGCGUCGCAGUCCUCCCCCUUCCAGGCUCCGCCCUCCGUCCACCCGGAUCGCUUCCCGGUCGUCUGCGGCUUCGCGACUGCGCGGUGCCUCGUCCUCUUCCAUGAUCAUCCACGACACGGACGAAGAAGAUGAGGGCCCUAACACGCUGUAUAAGCUCGGUGUAGGCCGGCCAGCAGCGCAGGGAGGGAAAGGUGCCCGUGUUGCGACACGUUCCACCAGCAUGGCGCAGAAAGGGAAGCGGGUGAGGGGGAGCAGAAGCGUCAAGCCGACUGAAGCGGCCAUACAGGAGGAAGAAGUGCCCCAAGCGGGCCCGUCUGGGACUUCGCACGAACCGCCGUCCGUCAACCCACCUGCCGCGACCACGUUCGACAUCUCUUACCCCAUGCCGGAUCCAUUGGCGAGCGCAAUGGCCAACCUGACUGAGUUGCCCGUUUCUCGCAUGGAGAUUCCAGAACAAUUGCAGAUGUAUAUCACGAAUCUGGUGCCGGCUGACCACAACAACCUCUCAGACCAACUUCGUUUAUUACGAGCCGAAGUGGACACACUGCGUUCGCAAGCCGCCCUUGUACCUCAACUCCAAUCCGAAGUCCAGGUGUUACGGCAAGCCAUGUCCAAUCUGUCGUUGGGAUCUGCGAUCGACCAACCAUCGGAGAAGAGCUUAGGAAAAGCUCGUGCAUCAGAGGAGAGAUGCGGUCCACCUACGACCAGGGGGAGCUUUGCAUCUGAAGCCACCGCUGUCCAAGAUCCCCCAGGACCAUCUCAGCCGACGCUGGGUAAACGCUCUCGGGAUUCGGAAGAAAGCGACAGCCCAGAGGGAAGCCGGGUGAGCCAGUCUGGUCAUGACAACGCGGGACGGCGGCAGAAUCGACCUAGUAAGAAACGCGCGAAGCUGUCGAAGCCUGAAGAGUCAAGACCUGGGCCCUCCACUAGUGAUCAAGGUGGUUCUAACGCUGCUGGAUCUGGGCCAGCCCUUCCACGCGGAGACGCGUUCACCGUGUUCCAAGGUCCCGAAGAACCUGCUGAAGCAUACCCGGACCCACUUCCUGCCAUGGUCAGUCUUACCGACCUGUUCCCGAUCGCUCCGGCAGAAGGACAAGUCACGCCACCUACUGGAGGAGGUGCAAUACCUCGACCACCGGGCGCAGACGAGAAUGCGCCAAACCAGAUGCACGGCAACUUUGACUUUGACUUCACCGAGUCUCUGUUCAACCCUGUGACGUCCACGCCGUUCAACAUGAACCUACCAAUGUUCACAUACCCGGAACCUCCAACAUCCCCCUCGCCUAUGGCACCCUCCGGCGGGUUUGUCGAGCGCGCGGGUGGCCGAAUAGAGCGUAACGACCUCUUUCACCCAUUUCGACGCUUUACACCCGCCGCCUCUCAGGGAAGAACGCCUUCACGCUCUGAACCUCCAGUAGACGCUUCAUCUACGACACCCCGGCGUGUCCCAUCUGGCCGAACGGUCAAUCCCGCCGAUCUCAUGCACACAUCUACCGUAGAUGCCGACGAAGACACUUCGGCGUCCUUCCCACCGAGCGGCACCACAGUGGCCGCCAACGGGACGGAGCUCGUGGGCGGUCUCCCGCGGCGUACGGUGUCAAGCACAGAAGUCGGGAUGCAGCUCGGGAUGGGCAGCGCAUCCCAGCUACCGCCGGACACCCCUGGCGCGCAGAUGAAGCGCACGAUGUACGGGACCGAGCUCGACGCGGACACCCGCUUUGGCGACUUUGGCGUCGAAGGGGUCGCGUCAGGCUUCUGGGCCGGUCUUGGACGGCAGGGAUGA